AUGCACAUUUCUUUGGGAAUAAUUCUUCUAAAUUUCUUCUUUUCAUCAAGCUUAAUCCAGAGACCCAAAGUUGCUGAGGUUACAGUAAAAAUUUACGAGAGACUCUUGCUGUCGUGCUCUGCAGCCAGUGAUCCAGGAAAUGUUAAAAGGAUCGAUUGGCACCGCUGCUCUACCUAUGAUUGCAAACAUGAGUUGGACAAGUCCCGGAUAGCACGUGUUCAAAACAUGAGAGUGACAAUUCCCGACCCAAACUUUGAAGUUUACGUCAACGGCACCUUAGUUAUAAAGAAGGUACUACCUGCGGAUGAUGGAAAAUGGUUUAUCUGUAUUCCCCAGAAGAUGUUUAUAGGGAAAGAAAAUUCCACGACGAUCCUCCAUAUAGCCAAAGAACCCCCACAAUUAACACGAGAGAGUCCUCCAGAGCCUCAGGUCAUUGAAGGAAACGAUCUUCAUUUGGAUGUUCGAGUGCAAGGGUAUCCUUACCCGUGGGUAACUUGGAGACAUCGUGACUAUCUCCUACAAAAUAAAUCGAGUGUCGAUUCUGAAACAAGGCUUAAGAUUCGCAACGUCACUGUAUUAGAAGGCGGACGUUACACCUGUUACGCCAAGAAUCCAUUGGGACACAAUAACUUGACAUUUGACGUUAAUGUUGAAGAUUUCCAAACCCCGUCAUCCUCACAAACAUCAGAGCUCGCUGGGCAGCAGGAAGAUUAUCACCAUGUAUUUUGA